GCUGGCUCCAGUGUCUUAAUCUAAACAGGAAGCCUGUCCGACCCCAGUGCAGCUGUAAUCAAGAGUACGGUUGGAAUCUAUCCUGGCUAUGGUUUCGCCAACUCUCUCAAUUUCAGUCAUAAAUAUUUACAAUCUGUUGGAUUACUCUAUUCAUAACGCUGCGGCUCUCUAAAUAGCAACAUGGCUCAGGAAUUCGUUACGGCCAGAAUUAAAGGGGACAAAGUAGUCGUGUUUCUAAAACCGUCAUGCCCAUAUUGCGUAAUGGCAAAAGAUGUUUUGUCAAAGUAUGGAUUCAAAUCUGGACACUUGGAAUUCAUAGACAUCACUGGACGAGAUGACAUAAGUGAAAUUCAGGAUUACCUAAAUAAAAUAACAGGUGAACGAACGGUGCCACGGGUGUUCAUCGGUAAGAAGUGUGUUGGUGGGGGCAGUGACGUUAAAGCGCUGGAUAAGAGUGGGAAACUGGAGGGAAUGCUGAAGUCAAUCGGAUCGCUGCAAUGAUCUUCAGGUAUUGCGAUGAACAACAUGUCACACUAUUCUGUGCAAGGCUUCUUCUUGAUACUGUGACUGUGUAGGGUAUCAGUUCUAGCUCACCUGUUUUUCCACACAGCCUCUCAUCUCUCUGUCCUUCUCUUUUUUGGCCACAGACAGCUGUGAAUAUCUGCACCACCUGGAAAAUCCCUUGCCUUCAGGCUGUCUGCUGAACUGAGACCAAACAUUGUGUGUCAUCUAUAGCGCUGAUGUUAGAGGAAGUUUCUUCGUUUGGCACCAGUCUAUCUUCAUGACUGUAGGCCUGUCUCGGUUCCUCCAGUAAUAUUCCUCCAGUGAUGUUUACAUCCAAACAUCAUUAUAUCACUUAACCACUAUCUUUUGUAUAAAAUAAAAGACAAAUGUUAACUA